CCAGAUAGCAGAAACCAGAGGCUGAGCAGAGCGCUUCAAAACCAAUGGCCGCUCUAAGCAUUGGCAUCGCUACCACCAGCUCAGCCUUACUUACAAGGCCGACACCGCGUAGUUCGAGGCCUACAAGAAUUUCCUGCAUUGGAUGGGACCCAGAAGGUGUAUUGGGGCCGCCGCAGACGGGCCAUUUGGCCCGAAUAGAGUUCAAGAGGCGGCUGGAAAGAGACGCCGAUGCUCGAGAAGCCUUCGAGCGCCAAGUCAUUGAAGAAAAAGAGCGCCGUAGAGCUCUUAGAGAAUCUCGGGCUGCGCCGGAUACUGCAGAGGAGUUGAUCGAGUACUUUCUGAACACUGAGGCACGGGAAAUUGAGUUCGAGAUUUCGAGGUUGAGGCAACGAUUGGACAAGGAAUUUUUCUCACACCUUCAAUAUGAGCUAGGUCAGCUUCGGUUUGCUGUUUCAAAAACUCAGGAUAUAGAGGAUAGAUUGAUUGAGUUGGAAGCAUUGCAGAAAGCCCUGCAGGAAGGAACAGAGGCAUAUGACAAAAUGCAAACUGACCUCAUUAAAGCAAAGCAGAGUCUAACCAAAGUCUUGACUUCAAAGGAUGUAAAAGCAACUUUACUAGAGAUGGUUGAGCGCAAUGAACUUAAUAGAUCCUUCUUGACACUUCUUGAUGAAAACAUUGCAAAUGCACACAAGGGCAACCAGAAGCAAGCAGCUGAUUUCAUGGAAAAGCUUCGUGGGGCUGUUCUCAAGUACAUGACAGUUUAGUGCUGAGGUGGUAAAUAUUAAGCGGUUGAUUAGUCUCUUAGACGAAGUUUUUCUGACUUUGAUUGUCCAUAUUGUGUUGCCACACUACAUUCAGUAGAUUAUGUUUUUAGACUACGAAAAAAAAUGGGAAAUUGUAAAACAUUGGGAGUACUAUUGUAUCAAUAAAUGUUUUUAUAUGCAAUAAUAUACAUAAAGUUACAUCCUA